CAAGCCUCAUUUUCAAAAUACAAAAACUCUGAUCUAUCAUAUGGCCCUUCUGUCAACAGAAAACAUUUUUCCAAUCAUUUUCCUCCUUUUGACAACAUUUUCAAUAUCCAAAGCUGAACUUCAUGUUCAUUACUACGAUCAAACCUGCCCACAAUUGGAAAAAAUAAUUUCAGAGACUGUUCUCAAAGCUUCCAAGCAUGAUCCAAAAGUUCCAGCUCGUAUCUUGAGGAUGUUCUUCCAUGAUUGUUUAGGAGGCCCCUAUUGGAAUGUACUAAAAGGAAGGAAAGAUGGAAGAGUAUCAAAGGCAUCUGAUACUAUCAUCUUACCUGCUCCAAACUUCAAUGCGAGCCAACUAAUUCUGAGUUUUGCCAAGAGAGGUUUGACAGUUAAAGACUUGGCAACUUUAUCGAGAGGUCACACUUUAGGCUUUUCACAUUGUUCUUCCUUUGAGGCAUCUCUUCUAAAUUUUAGUUCACUACACGACACAGAUCCAAGUAUGAACGCUGAGUUUGCCUUAGACCUAAGAAAGAAGUGUCUAAAACCAAACCACAACCACAAUGCAGGACAGUUCCUGGACUCAACAGCAGUAUUUGACAAUGACUAUUACAAACAACUGUUGACUGUAAAAGGUUAUGCCAAGAAAACCUUUAAGCAUGUCAUGAAGUAUAUUUGAAUUUGGAUGUCCAAGACGCUUAAGCCAGAAUUGGUAAUCAGUAUUAGCAGAAUUACAAGAAAUGAAAGGCAAACAAAGAUUUGGAGACAUAAAUUAAGUGGAAAAAGGCAUCCAACUUUAGGCUCCUUCGCAAUCUGACUUGCACAAGACAAUCAUAUUUUGAGAAUUCGACAUGACAAUUAUCGUCAACUAAUUGACCAACAUAAAUGAGAUUAGUAGUGAGGCCAAGGGAGAGAAAGACAUCAGUUAGAGAUGAAGAAAUAUCACUAAUAUCUGUUAUCUCUGUUAUAGGCAAAUGAUUUCCAUCAGCAGGAUGAAUCUUGAGAUUCAAAAAUAUUUGGUGGUAUUAGUACGGAGUUGUGGAUUGUUGGUCAUAUGGUUGAAGACACCAAAAUCAAAGUACCAAUGUGAAGAUACGGAAAAGUGUUUACCUGGGAGUUCCAAAGCUGAAAAUGUAGAAAUGACCAUUUGUUGAACCAUUUCAAGAGUCAAGGUUUGAGGAGAGGCAGGAGUUGUUUGUUGAACAGAAAAUGUGUUUACAGAAUUACUUAGAUCAGAAGAACCAAAAGUGGUAAUGAAAGUUGUUGCAGAUUUCUUUGGCGACCUAGUUGGACAAUCUUUAAGAAUGUGCCCAUCUUUUUUGCAGUAAUUACAAAAUUUGUGGAGACAGUUUGAAGCAUAAUGUCCAAACCUUUUGCAAUAGAAACAUUGGACAAUACUCAAGUCACGACCUCUUGGCUUUCCUUGUACUGCAUAUGCCACGAGAACUGUUGUGGAUUUUUGUGGUUCCAUGGUUGAUUGUGUGAGAAGGCGUUGUUAUUCCCGAAGCAAAUCAUUAAGUCAUGCAUCCAAAACAGGUUCAGGGUCUCUAUUCAUGAGAUUGGACCUAACACCUUCAAAAUCAGAUCUCAAUUUCUUAAGAAAUUGAUCUCUUUUAGUGGUUUCAUGAACUGAUUGAACUGAGCGAAGACCUUUAGAAGACAGAUUUUCAUAAAUGAUAUCAAUGUAUUCAGACCAAAGAUUCAUGAAUUGAGAAUAAAAUUCCGAGAUGGACAGACUAUCUUGUAAUCGCAAUGUCAUGAUCGAAUUGUAAUCACGAAGCAAAUCAUUAAGGCAUGCAUCCGAAAAAGGUACAAGAUCUCUAUUCAUGAGAUUGGACCUAACACCUUCAAAAUCAUAUCUCAAUUUCAUAAGAAAUUGAUCUCUUUGAGUGGUUUCUUGAACUAAUUGAACUGAGCA